UCGAAUUACGUCUAAACUCAGACCGCACGCAGGCAAUCCCGAUCGAUUCCACAGCAUUAAUUAUUUUUUCUCAACCCAGAUUAAUUAUUCUGUUCCAUUAGUUGAGGGUUUUAACAAUCGGAAUGGAGUGGCUUUUUUUUUGGGCGAGGGAGAGUUCAAGGGGAAAUAUUUGCAGAAAAAAGGGGUAUUGACCUGAGGAGGGAAAGCUGAUUAUCCAUUGAUUCCUGGACGGGGGCCAAGGGUGGAAUCCAGAAUCCACCAAUCGUGGAGAAUGGAACAAGGACAACAACCCACACUUUUAUGGCACAUCUCUCUCUUCAUCCACUCCACCCCUUUCCUCAGGUUCACUCCAGUUUGUGUUUGAUAUUUGUGCAAAUAUGGCGGACCCGUUGAGCUUACUGCGGCAAUACAAUGUUAAUAAAAAGGAAAUUAUCGAACGGGAGAAUCAAAUUAUUUUCGGUGAAUUCUCCUGGCCGAAAAAUGUCAAAACCAAUUACUUGACUUACGGAUCCGGCAAGGAGGGAACGCCGAAGGAAUACUACACCCUGGAGUGCCUGCUAUUUCUCCUGAAGCAUGUCCAGCUCACGCACCCGGUGUACGUGCGACAAGCAGCAGCAGAAAAUAUUCCAGUGGUGCGUCGUCCAGAUCGAAAGGAUUUGCUGGCCUACCUCAAUGGCGAGACAGCAACAUCAGCGGCAAUCGACAAAUCCGCACCCCUGGAGAUACCGACGCAGGUGAAACGAAGUGCCGAGGACGGCCUGGACAGUGGUCUCCUGAAGAAGCCGCGUUUCGAGGAGACCCAUGUGCAAAAAGUCAAAGAACAACUGGCAGCACGACUGGACGCCCCGAAGGAGGCGUCAGUCACCGUCGACAACAUAAAAUCCCUCUCGGAGGCGAUGUCCGUGGAGAAGAUCGCAGCAAUAAAAGCGAAACGCCUAGCUAAAAAACGUACGACAAUAAAAGAGAACGACGACAUAGGAAUGGGCUCAGACCUCCGAGUGAUCCUGGACAUGGAUGUCGAUGACACCAAGGACAUCGUCUCCAGGGAGCGACAAUGGAGAACCCGCGCAACCAUCCUCCAGAGUACAGGAAAGAUCUUCGCGAAGAAUAUAUUUGCAAUUCUCCAGAGUAUAAAAGCGAGGGAGGAGGGACGCCAGAAGGGGCCGUCAGCACCGACACCCCUGGCAACCCCGAGGGCAACACCAAUGAGGCCUUUACCCCAACCAGCUGUCUACAAUCGUUACGACCAGGAGAGAUUCAUACGGCAGAAGGAGGAGACCGAGGGCUUCAAGAUCGACACCAUGGGAACAUACCACGGUAUGACCCUCAAAUCCGUCACCGAGGGAACAAAUCCAGCUGUACGAAAAAUUCCACCCUCCAACACCUCGUCGAUACCCACUUCCGGUCUACUCCCAACAUCAGCAGCAAAAUUAACACCUCAGCAGGCAGCUCAGAAUAAAAGACCCAGUCGUACACCAAUCAUCAUUAUUCCAAGCGCAAAUACCUCUCUCAUCACCAUGUACAACUCCAAGGACAUCCUCCAGGAGCUCAAAUUCGUAUCCAGCGAUGAGAAACGAUCAGCUGGCUGCAAGAGGGAGAAUGAAAUAUUACUGCAGAGGAGAAAAGAGGGUGGACUCACUGUGCCUUAUCGGGUUAUUGAUAAUCCACAGAAAUUGAGUAGUAGUGAUUGGGAGAGAGUUGUUGCUGUUUUCGUUAUGGGACCGGCGUGGCAGUUCAAGGGGUGGCCCUAUGACGGCAAUCCUGUGGAUAUAUUCUCCAAAAUAUGCGCGUUUCAUAUCAAGUAUGAUGAGAUGAAACUCGACGCCAAUGUUGCCAGGUGGGCUGUCACUGUCAUUGAACUCAGUCGAACCAAAAGGCAUCUGGAUAGGGCGGCCUUGAUGAUGUUUUGGGAGCAUUUGGAUAAACACAUGAUUAAAAACAAACCACUUCUCAGAUUCUAAAGUCGAGAGGUCGACUUCGUUUGGGAGAGGAAUUCGUCGGAGUAUUGCGCGUAGGGUUCCAAGAACUCCAGGAAUAUUCAAUGACUUCAUAACGUCUUUCAGUUUAAUCCAUUACUUGCAUUCUCACAUUCGUCAUUUAGGUAUUAAUUGUAAAUAUUGAAUUGACAGAUUUGUACAUAUGGUGAGUGAUUUGUAAAAGAGUUUAGAGGCAAUACAACGGUCGAGGGCAACUUCGAUCUAUAAAUUAUGAAAGUGUUCACUUCAUUUAUUCCUUCCCGUUGUUAUUUUCCUCGUGCAUUACGUUUUUAUGGCUUCUCCCGUGUCAUUACUUCAUUAAUCAAUUAAUUUAAUCAGUACCUGAGAAUACAUUGCAUCAUUUCGACAGGGAAAAUGUAGAGAUCCAGAAGCUUGAGAUGAAUGACAUCUCGAAGUGAAAAAUUAUCGUUCUAUAACGGUGUACCAGAAAUAUUCUCAUAUUCCAACUUUCUAAAAUCAAAAUAUCUCCAUUCAUAUCUGCGACUCGAGACUCGUGUCGUCAGGACAGACAAAUCUGCAAAAACAUUAGGACUCUUCCUGUUCUUGACGCAAUACGCUAAUUAGGGAUUAAUAUUUUUUAUCGACAAGUCAUGUUUUUGUUCUCCAGGGAAUAACAAUUGUCUCAGAGCAACGCAAUAAAAAAUGAGCAUA